AAUGCAGCAUCCACCUGCUUUCACGUACCUGUCGAGUUCCUCAGGUGAACGAGGCGCAGCUGGAAAAGCGGCGCUAUCACCCGGUCGGAGGAGUCGACUAACGAAAUCAUUUUGAGUUCGCUAGCUUGCUGCUCGGCUCUGUCUGUUCCGAAAGGAAUACACGAUCGAGCGGAACAACAUCACCAUGACGACGAACAAAGCACUUUUCUGUGUAGCCUUAGCAUUAGCAUUAAUAGCCUCUGCUCAGGACUUGAAGUGGAGGCCGAAGGUCCAACAGGCAGCAGGUCCAGCUCGUCUACCCGUUCCUCCAUUGAACCAAGAGAAGCGGUCCUUCCGUGAACCAUUGUCCUGGAGAUCUCCAGAUCCCCCGGUGAAGGAGGAGCCCCGCUUCCCUCCGCAGUUUGAGCCGAAGACUCCGGAGGUGCCCGACAGCGUUCGGGUCGUCUGCAGGGAAAACUCAAUUCGGGUGGAGGCCAAGCGAGACCUCCUUGGGAUCGGUCAACUUGUCAAGGCUGCGGAUGUCACGCUGGGAGGGUGUCCCGCCACCGGGGAAGACACUGCAGACCUGGUCCUGAUCUUUGAUUCGGAGCUGCAUGGGUGCGGCAGCCAGCUGCUGAUGUCUGAGGACACCUUCGUCUAUGUCUUCACGCUGCAGUACACUCCGUCUCCUCUGGGAAACACGCCCAUCGUCCGAACCAGAGACUUCACGGUCAGCAUCCAGUGUCAAUACCAGAGGAAGCACGAUGUGAGCAGCGGCUUCCUGAAUCCCACCUGGACCCCGUUUAGCGACUCCAAAGCUUCUGAGGAAAGCCUUUACUUCUCCUUCAAAGUGAUGAGCGACGACUGGCAGUCCGCCCGGCCGUCUUCUCAGUUCCUGCUGGGCGACAUGAUGAAGUUUGAGGUUUCGGUCAAGCAGUUCCACCACACGCCCCUCAGGGUGACGGUGGACGACUGCGUGGCCACCGUGGUCAGGAACAUCGACACGGUCCCUCGGUACUCCUUCUUGGGAAACAACGGGUGCCUGUUUGACAGUCAGGUGACGGGCUCCAGCUCUCGCUUCCUGCCUCGCUCACAGGAUGACCGAUUGCGGUUUCAGGUGGAGGCCUUCAAGUUCCAGCAGGACGACAGAGGCGUGAUCUACAUCACCUGCCACCUGAAGGCAACGGCUUUGACUGCGGUGGUGGAUUCCGCUGACAAGGCCUGCUCCUUCGCCGGCGGGUGGACCGAGGCGAGCGGCGUCCACGAAGCGUGUUCUUGCUGCGACACGGAUUGCGGGACGAGAAGUUGGCGCCGAGCGACACCAAACCAGGGUCCCCUAACGCCAACUGGUGCGAAAUGGGACGAGGAGGUUGCAGUUGGGCCAAUCACGGUGAAGGAAAGACCUGUCAUGAGAGAUUAAAAUAAUCCCUCUCAUCCCGAUCAUGUGACCUCUGUUUGCCUCAACAAAAAUGUGUUAAACAUCACCUCACAAUCUGGAAACAGUGCUGUCUCGAGCAAUGAUUUACUUUCCGGAGAAGACAAAUAUAUGUACGUAAAUGUUUAAACGCUUUUUAAGGGAUUUAAACGGGGAUCUCCAAAUAACCUGAAAAUUGAUCAGUAAGAAUGACAGUUAAAUGGCUGAACUCUUAGGAACAUUUUAAACAUUUCCAAGUGUGCAAAUCAACCAGAAAACUUUCAAAAAAAGAAAGUUUCUCACGGUUAUGAAUGACUGUACAUAUAUGCCAAGGAGUGGACAAACUUGUGCUCAACGGCCACGUUUACAU